AUAAACCCAACCAUCGACACCCGAAAUUGUGUUUGUUUUUUUUACGCUCGAGUGUGCCACCCAACAUACCACACCAACGACCGGCUCUCCGCGGACCACCUACCACAACCGUCGUAGCCGCGUCAAAUUGGCUCCCCGCAGAGGAAUCAUCGCCUCAAGACAGCGUAAAGACAACAUGACCGGCCAACAGCAGGAGAAGUGGCAGCAGGUGGCCGAGUUAAUCCAACGGCUGGGGCUGGUAUCCGGUGGCCAGGAUGAGCCGCGAACAGCCGCCCAGGUCGCGAGGAUGACUACCCGCCAACUCCUGCAGGAUCCAGUGCGGGCGGCCAUCUACAACCGGGGCUGGGCGGACCGUACGAUGGACAUCCAGCGGAGGUUGCGGCCACACCGACCACCAUCAACAUCAACACCCGGCAGCCGCACACCGUCCCUGACAAGGCCACCACCCCCAGCAACGACACCUGCCCCCGUAACACCUGCGGAGCCGGCACCGGUACCCAGGCAAACGGGGGUACUCCCCGGCCCAACGGGAAAGGUGAGGACGGAGGCGCAGCAGGCACGGAACCGCCGGAAAUUCCAGCAGCUAAAGGAAAAGAGGAAAGCCAGGGAAAGCGAGGCAAGCCAACAACGUCGGCUUGCCAAGCAACCCGCGCCAACCUCAGACCCGGAAGCAGCCGGCACGCCUCCGGCCAACCCAACACCGAUGGAGGUGGACAAACCGGCAUCCAAGGACGGCAAGUCCGAGGAGCCGGGACAGCCCACCAGCCAGGAGUCACCAGACCAAUCAGAGGCCACGGUGGACAUAACCGAGGCAGAUUGGCUGGUGGCGUUCGAGGGGAUGCCGGAGUUAGACGACACACACUCGUUCUACACUCCGGUAGGGUCCCCUUAA